AUGGUGGAGAAGGAGAGGCCCGGUAACCCGAGUGCCAAGAAGAAGCAAGGGGACAAGAACUCGCGGCAAAGAUUUCGCCAGGGUGCAUCGAAACGCGACACGUUCCCAUGGAUCAACAGCCAAAUCAUCACGGUGUCAGAGUCUGGCAACCUCAUGGAGCUGGCCACGACCAUCGAGGCCUAUGUGUCCCAGAUGAACCUCGUGAACAUUUCCACAGCGUUUCACCGAAUAGCGCGACUUUGGACCACAAACGAAGAUCAAGAAGCCGCAAUGACGGUCAAGGGCGUCGUGCAGGCCCUCAUCCAUCAGGCCAACACCGUGCUCGCAAGGGCCAGCGCCAGCGGAACAAAGCCCUCCGCUCAGGCCCUGGCGAAUAUUACUUGGGCCAUGGUGACGCUGAAUGCCAUGGACGAGAACCUGCUACAGGUUUUGCAUGAAGCGAGAAAGGGCUCAGAGCCUCGACGAGUCGCUUCGAGAAAAGAGUUCCUAAUUCAGCUUUUGCCGCCGGGAGCCAUGGCGUUGGGCUCCUGGGCUCCCUUCCUGGUCUUGGCCCUCGCGGCAGCGCAGCCGCAGCUCGAAGAUCGCCUCCGGGCGGCCAUGGCAAAAGUGGCUGACCAGAUGCGGGACAAGUACGACAUGGGACUGGCGGCAGCCUUCCACUCCCCGAACCUCUCCUUUAGCGUGGCCUCGGGCUACACAGAUGCAGGUCUCGGGCUUGGCCAAAAGAAGCGGCCAGCAGUUCCAGAGGACCUCUACGUUUGGGGGUCGACGACUAAGAUGAUCACAGCCUCGGCAGUGCUACAGCUGGUGGAGCAGGGCUUGGUGAAGCUGACGGAUCCCAUCAGUUUGCACAUCGAUCCCAUCCUUUUGCAGUUGAACGGCACGCACUUGGAGGACCACUUUGGCAGCCCGAUCCGGGAUGUGGAAAUUCAGCAUCUGCUUCACAUGACCUCCGGCAUCCAAGACUACGAUGGCGAGGCUUUUUCGGCAGCUCAGUUUGCCAACCGAUCCAAAGCUUUCGGCCCGGUAGAGAUCUUGACCCGGUUCGUAAGCCCCACCCUUCAGUUUUCGCCGGGAGAGCGCCAGAGCUACUGCAGUACCAACUAUAUUCUUUUGGGCUUCGUCCUUGCCACGCACCAUCAUCGAACCGGCACUGCGUGGAGCUGGCAGGACUACGAUCAAGCAAGCGUGGUCCCCGCCGCCUUGCAGAAGGAUUUCACCCAGUCCUUGUUCGUGAAAAAGGGCCCCUGCAGCCAGCACACGCCAGUGCACGGCUUCAUGGGAUUCUAUCCGAGCGCACAGCUUCCGAAGCAGGACGUCUGGAACGUCAGCUGCUUGGGAGGCUGGACAGCGGGGGACUACGUGGGUUCCGUUGCCGACAUUGCUCGCUUUACAUACGACCUGUACAACACCAAGGACCCCAAGAUUGUCACGGCGCAGUCGCAAGCGCAUUUGACAAACUUCACCGCUCCAGGAAUGAGCAGCUUCAAGUUCUAUGGAAUGGGCACCUUCAACCUGGCGUGGAGCAUCGGUGAUGCGGAUGCUUAUGGCCAUGUGGGUGACACGUACGGGUACCAGUCACAGACGACAUACAUUCCAGGCUUCGACUUCGUGGUUUCAGUCGCCACUAACGUGGAGACAGCCAAGCAAGCCCAGCCAGGGGACUUCACCUGCCAUGCAUACCACGAGCUGAAGGCAGUUCUGACUGGGACAGCGGCUCCGCGCUGCACCUUCAUCGUGCCGCAGCGGUUCAUCGGCAAGUGCGUCUGCCUGGGGGAGUCUGCCAUUGCGACGCCUGCUCAGGGCCAGGUCAGGAACUUCAAGCCCUUCGAGCUGUCCACUAUUCUUUGGUCCUACGCCAAGCUGAGCACCUUGAACCCAGAUGCCUGCAGCUGCGCGCGGCCCCUAUUUGAAGCCGCAGCAUCCUGCGUGCCUGGACUGCUUGAGGAGUUUACCCUCCGCUGCUUGGUCACCAUCGUGUGGUCCUACGCUACCUUCAGGCAGAAGGAGGAAGCGCUUUUUCAGUCCAUCGGCGACCACCUGAUCUCCCAGGUCCACACUGCCAACUGCGGUGAGCUGGCCAACACAGCUUGGGCCUAUGGCCUCCUCCAGAUUCAGCACGAGAGGCUGUUUCAGGAGCUGGCAAGACGUGCGACCGUCCGUUUGCAAGAUUUCAAACAACAGGAGGUGGCUGGCAUCAUGUGGGGCUUUGCAGCCAACAACUUUUUCCAAGCGGCGUUCUUCAACAACGCGUCCUUGGCAGCGCAGCGAUUAGUGCUCACCCCGCAGCAGCUGACGAAUAUUCUGUGGGCCUUGACUCGCAGGAAAUGCAGGCAGAGCUCAUUGCAAUCAGCGGUGAUGGCGCUGCUGCCGGCAGCUACCCGUCAACUUGACAGGUUCAGCAUGCCAGAGAUUGCGAUAUGCUCUUUGGCUGCUGCAAAGGUGGCGAAAAAUAUGGAAGGCAGCGGCAAAGGAGGUGGCCCCAAAAUUUCCAAUGCUGUCGACUUCUGCACUGCCGCCAUGCAGCAGGCCUUGAGCCGGCUUUCUGAGCUCUCCAACCAGCUGCUGGUGAACCUGGCAGCGGCCUUCCUGCUCGUCGGUGCUCCCGGUGCGGUCGUCGUGCUGGCUGCCGUAGGCCGCGAGGCUUUAGAUCGGAUGCAGAUGCUGGAGAACACUGUGCUGCUCCACCUCAUCAGGGUUUUCUCCAUAGACCUGGCCAAGCUGCAGCCUCCGGCCUUGCUGGAAGGCGCCUGCCAGGGGAUGUUCCGCGCCCUCUUCGCCGAGGCGGCUCGGCGUAUGGACUCGCUGAAGCCGAGGGAGAUGCAAAGCCUAUCUCUCCUUUGUGCACAACCGCUGGGUCUGACUGACGCUGGCGACAUGAGCGCGGGAGAUUUGAGAAGUUGCUGCUUCGCGCUCGCCACCACAGGUAAUGGAGCGCACCAGCCCCUCUCCCUCCUGGACGAGCUCGUAGAGGACGACCACGAGGUGUUCUGGGAUCCGGAUCCCGUGGAGGUUCCCAAGCAGACCCCGUCGGCCGCCAGCAACGCUCCGGCCGCGGCAGCCUUUCCAACCGGCGUGGCAGUUGGUGUCUUUGCACCCCCGGCAGGGCCCAUGGGCGCUUGGCCCGCGGGCCACGAGCCCCCAAGGCCGGAAAUGGGGGCUGCCUUCCCUGGGUGGUUUGCCCCUGGCCAACAGCCAGGUAUGGUGCGGCCGUUUCCUUGCGGCUACCCGAGCCAGGACGCGCCGAGUGGAAGCCCCGCCCCUCAGACGCAGGGUGCGCCACUGGCUCCAGGCCAGGCAGGCCAGCAAGCCAGCAGGCCGAGCGGCGAUCUCCAAGCAGCCGAGACGGCCACGCGGGGUGAGAACAAGGUGAUGUACUCCGUGAAGAACACGUUCCUUCACAUCGACGAGCCGGAAGAGCAGGAGGAAGAUCCGCAGCUGGGGGCUUCGGGGCCCUGGGCCUCGGAGGAGGGUUUGGGCGAGCCGCUGCCGUUCCUGCCCAAGGACAUCGAAUUGACCGAACUGCAAGCGUUCCGUGCCGACUACAUGAAGUUUCGCGCUGGUCAGGCCACUGGCGCGCGUGGAGAGAUCCAGGAUGUACCUGAGGUCCCUCUGGCUUCCGAGUCCACUAUUGGAGCCCUGGACCUCCAGCAGUCAGGGCAGUAUCCGGUCCCCUUUGCCGGCCAGCCGAUGCCGGAAGGGUGA